AUGGGCGAGCACAACCUCCUUAAUCCCGGCUUUGUGGGACCUCUGGUGAACAUCCACACGGGAGACACCUUCUACUUCCCCAAUUUCCGCGCCUCCGGAGGGCAGCUGCCCGGGUUGCCGUCCCUCUCCUACCCCCGACGGGAUAACGUCUGCUCCCUGCCCUGGGCAUCCUCGGAACCCUGCAACGGGUACCCUCAACCCUACCUGAGCAGCCCCGUCUCCAUUAACCCUUCCUUCGGCAGAGCCUGCGACCUCGCCCGGGUGGAGGAAAGCAAAUGUUAUUACCGGGAGACCUGCUCCGAAAGCAGCGGGCUCAAGAGGGAGGAGAGGGGCAGGGACAGUGCCUUGCUGCCCCUCGAAUCCAGCCUCCCCAAUGGCAUGGGGGGCAAUUUCAGCAAAUAUGACUAUCCGACGGGCGAGGCG